CCUUAUCCGUUUGAAUCCAGCGAAAGACAACAUAUCUUCUCCUAUUUCCGUCGAACAGAAAAAGCUCUCUCUAGAUGGCUCGUUUGCUUUCUCCGUCACUUUCUCUCUCUAGAAUCCGUUUCGCCGCGGCUUCUUCUCUCGUCCCCUCGUCUCUCUUCGUCACCGUCCGAUCUCAAUCCUCCGACCGCCGCGCCAAUCACGGCGGCGAUCUCCACGAGGUCGACACCGCCGCGUCGCAGUCGCAGGCCGAUCCUCUCAUCCAGAAGCUGGAGGACGCAGUCCACCGUAUUAUCGUGCGCCGAUCCGCACCUGAUUGGCUCCCCUUUGUCCCAGGGUCGUCGUAUUGGGUCCCACCUCCGAGAUCCCAGGGACAUGGGAUCGCGCAGCUCGUCGCGAAGCUGGCGAAUCCGAUGACUGACGAUGAAUACCUCUCCACCACUUCGUCUCGGGGAUGGCCUUCUUCUGAUUACUUUAUCAAAGGUGUACAGCCACAUCCGGUGGAGACAGAGAUGACUUCAAAUACUUCGUAUCAGUCCGAGGAUGAGGAAGGGUAGAUUACACAACCGGUUCGAGUGGCGUUUGGGGCUCUUCAAGAUGUGUAGUUUCAAGAACACGAAUCCGGAGAGGCGAACACAGCCACGCAUGGAUUAAGCUAGGUAGAGAAAGCCUUUCUCUGGCUCCUGGUUCCUUCUGAUGCUCUGAAACGUGAAAUCGGAAUAAGAAAAGGUGUUUGUAGCAGUCGUAAUCUGUUUGAUGUAAUCUUCAAAGAACAAUUCCAUCUGUUGUAUAUAUAUCUCUCUCUACGCAUAAGCUUCCAGGUUCAGGUUCCAA